AUGGAAUACGCGCCGACCAACAUGCACAGAGUAAUCCGCCAAUACGCUGACGUCGGCUUGACGAUUGACUCGACUUACGCCAAACUGUACACGUACCAACUUUUUAGAGCGCUAGGACAUGUUCACGCGAUGGGCUUGUGUCACAGAGAUGUAAAGCCCCGCAAUCUUUUGGUUUAUCCAGAAACGGGUGCGUUAAAACUGUGUGAUUUCGGCAGCGCCAAAGACUUGACAGACGGUCGGCCGAACGCCUCAUACAUAUGUUCCCGACACUAUAGGGCACCCGAGCUGCUGUUCGGCGCCACCGGCUACACGAGCGCAGUAGACGUAUGGAGCGCAGGGUGCGUUUACGCCGAGUUGAUGAUUGGCGAGCCCGCGUUUCCGGGUUCCACCACCGAAGAACAGCGAACCCUAGUUACCCGACUACCACGAGAAACGCUUACCGCGACGGCGCCACCCGAAGCGGCUCGGUUAGUGGAUUGGACGUUAAGGCUGACGGCCUCGCGCAGACCGACGGCCUUGGUUGCAUGUGCCCACAAAUGUUACGACGAGCUGCGACGUGCGGGCUUUCGACUACCGGGCGGUCGACCGCUUCCUCCACUGUUCGACUUCACCGAUACGGAAAUGAUCGCGGCCGGCCACCUACUCUAUGCACUUCUACCUAACGAGCGUUUGCAAAAUUGUAUUUAA